GAGAAGCCGUAUUCCUGUCCUGAGUGCGGGAAAUGUUUUUCAAGUAAGUCCAAUCUUUACAAACAUCAGAGAUCUCACACAGGGGAGAAGCCGUAUUCCUGUCCUGAGUGUGGGAAAUGUUUUUUCACAGAAGUCCAUCUUUACACACAUCAGAGAUCUCACACGGGGGAGAAGCCAUAUUCCUGUCCUGAGUGUGGGAAAUGUUUUUCAUACAAGUCCAAUCUUACACACACAUCAGAGAUCUCUCACACGGGGGAGAAGCCGUAUUCCUGUCCUGAGUGCGGGAAAUGUUUUUCACUGAAGUCCAAUCUUUACAGACAUCAGAGAUCUCACACGGGGGAGAAGCCAUAUUCCUGUCCUGAGUGUGGGAAAUGUUUUUUCAGACAAGUCCCAUCUUACAAACAUCAGAGAUCUCACACAGGGGAGAGAAGCCAUAUUCCUGUCCAGAGUGCAGGAAAUGUUUUUCAGACAAGUCCAUCUAUCUUCACAUCAGAGCUCUCACACAGGGGAGAAGGCAUAUUCCUGUCCUGA